GUUUUGUUUACCGUUUUGGGUUCACAGUCUGUCUCCUCCUCGCAGUGUUUACAGGGCGGAUCUCAGACUCUCCACCCCCGGUGAUUUCUUCCCGGCCCGGUGUCCUACUGAGUCUCAGUACUCGGUAGUGAUGAUGCCGGGCCCGGGAUGCUGGAGCGUGUCCGUAGCGGCAGUGUUCAUUCUCGCGGUCGCGGUGUCCCAGGUUCGGGGCGGUCUCUAUUCCCCGGAUGAGCCAUUGGUGUCCCUGGCCGGGGCGACCCGUUCUCUCCUGCUCGGGUCCAGCAGCUCCUGGCUCGCCGAGUUUUAUGCUUCCUGGUGCGGACACUGCGCGGCGUUCAGACCGACCUGGAGUGCGCUGGCUCGGGAUGUGCAAGAUUGGAGACCGGCAGUAUACCUGGCUGUACUAGACUGUGCAGAGGAGUCAAAUAGCAAUACCUGCAAUGAAUUUGGGGUUACUGGGUACCCCACACUUCAGUUCUUUAAAGCGUUUGCAGGAAGUCCUUCGGAGGGUGUACGAGUUCCAGCUUCGUCUGUACAAGAAAUCAGACAGCACAUCAUCGAUAGACUGGAAGAGCAGAAGGAGUCCCCACCACCAGCGUGUCCUCCUUUGGAACCAAUCAGCGCCCCCGAGUUGGAGCAGUUCUUCGCAAACAACAAUGAGGCUUAUCUGGCUGUGAUAUUUGAGGAUGCGAAGAUGUACAUGGGUAGAGAGGUGGCUCUGGAUAUGGUUCAGUACGAAGGUGUCUCGGUACGCAGGGUAGUUAAAGACCAAACUGACUUGGUGGAGAAGUUCAACGUAUCUUCAUUCCCCGCUGGUUUUUUGAUUUCUAAGAACGGAUCUACCAGCAGAAUUAACCUUGGGGAAGAGACUCGCUCGGCGUAUGCCAAAUUCCUGCGUUCACUACCCGGAGUGCAGAGGGGAAAACACGCUCUCAUCGGAUGGUCGGAGACAUCUCUCGUAGCUACUGAAUCACCGAAGAGACAGGCCGACAGCGCCAAGGUGUACAUGGCAGAUCUUGAGUCGGCUCUUCACUAUUCCUUGAGGGUGGAGGUUGCUCGAUUCGCGACCUUGGAUGGGGAGCGACUUAAGGCUCUCUCCAAUUUCAUCAAUGUGCUGAGAAAGUACUUCCCUGCCCGUCCGUAUCUGCGUACAUUACUGAAUUCGGCUAAUUCCUGGCUGCGCGCCCGCGCUAAAACCAAAGUCUCAUACAAGGAUUUUGAGGAUGUUCUCAACAACAAAAAUCAGGCCCAGAAAGCUGUUCUGUCAUCGGAUGUGCGCUAUGUUGGAUGUCAGGGUUCCAAGCCCCAAUUCCGUGGCUUUCCGUGUUCCCUCUGGACCCUUUUCCACGUUCUAACAGUCCAGGCAUCUGAAGUAGCAACCCUGGGAAGAAUUAGACCCGCUCCCAGGGAGGUCCUGUUAGCGAUGCGUGGCUACGUCCAGCAUUUCUUCGGCUGCAGAGAAUGCGCCCAGCAUUUUGAACGUAUGGCACAAGAGUCCAUGCGCAACGUCCGCUCUUUGGAUGAAGCCAUCGUGUGGCUGUGGGAAAGACACAACCGUGUGAAUAAGAGAUUGGCAGGUGCACAGAGUGAAGAUCCAGCCUUUCCGAAGGUUCAGUGGCCUACUGCAGCGCUUUGCCCGCUCUGCCAGUCCAAAGCAGAUAUGUCCUGGAACCUCCCCAGCGUUCUAGAUUUCCUGAAAGCUCAUUUUGGCAAAAAAAAUCUAGCAGAUGAGUAUCUGGAAGAUGAGGAAGUGCUGCUGGAAAAACAGAAAACGGCACACAAUGCAACCCAAAAAAGGGAUAAGAGAGAUGUUACGGAUGAGGAGAAGAAGUCUGAAAUAAUCCAGAACCGUGAUGACACCGAGAACACGCUUGAUGAUCCGAGAGAAGAUGACGAUGAAGAAAAGAGCGAUGCAUAUGACAAAAAACCAGAGGCCCAUCCGCAUCAGAGGCCCAGUAUAAUAAAGAUGAAGCAUGUGAGCCAUUUGCAAGUAGAAGAGGAAAUUCUAGAUCUAGACUCAUACGGACCUAAUAUGUUUCCAAGCAGAUCUCUUCAGGACUCCAGCCUGCACAAGGGAAACCAUGCUCUACAUCCAAAAACCCUUGUAGAACCUCGUGAUGCAGAGUUUGAUGAAGCUGCUGUGAGAGAUCGGUUACUAAAGAGAGGAGUAGACGCCAAUUACCUUAUUGGUGUGGUGGUGGAGCGUGGGGAGGUGAAUUGGAAAGGCCGUUGGGUGAAGAUGCUGGAGGUUGGCUUCUCUCGUUUGGACAUCAGCCUGUGCGUGGUUCUCUAUUUCCUUUCCAGCAUGUGUCUACUUGCCAUGUACCUUUACAUGAGUCUCAGGACACGCUGCCUCCGACAACGGUGCUCAUAUCUGCAAGUGUGAAGUGGACUUUCUCCAACCAGAACAAUACAAUCUGUUCUGUAUUUUGCAGAGAGAACUGUUACAUGUUUUUAAAGUGCCUUUAAACCCAUUGAAUUUCUAUGCUAACAUGGGUUGUCCAUCCUAGGCCCAAAGAGAUGUUUUACUAGUUGUGUCAGCUUAACUGAUACCUUAAAGUUUAAUAAAUAGUUAAGUUGUU